UCAACUCUGGUGCCCCUAGCAAGUAAAUUUAAACCAUGCUCCUAAAAUUAGCACCAUUCUUAGUGUUAGCAGUAAUUUUCGAGAGUGUUUAUUCAACAGAAAUUUUAUUCAAUGCCCUCAAACAACACGUACCAAAAAUCAGAUGUAAACUGCACAAGAUAGGCUCGAAGCUGAUUCCUCAUAUGCACAGUCGUGGUGAUCCUUGCGAGGCAGCUGACGAUCACCAUCAUGCUGAGGAAUUUGGCGAAAUGAAUGUGGAAAAUUCACAAUCUGGAUAUGGAACUCAACAGCUAAAUGGUCAUUCUUACGGUCCUUCUGAUAGAGAGCCAACACAAUUUCGACCAAACAAUUUGUACCCAGCUACAUCAUCCAAACCAGAGUUUCAAAAUCGUCCUGUGGACGCUCAAACUGGAUACCAAAAUUUGAAUAUUGGUGAAGGGGAAACAAAUAAUUUUCUACAAACUACAGAAAAAAGCAACAUCAGAGAUGUGGACAACAAUGAGCUUAUUUUGCCUAAUAUUAAAUCUACAACACAAAAAAUUGAUAAUCAGCCUUCUACAGAAAGUUGGCCUACAUCUCUGGACAUUGACAUACGUAUGCAUGCAGAGGAAGAACCCACAACAGCAAAAUCGUACGCUACCGUCCCCACCGGUGGUGGAAGGCAUAUUUUCAAAGCCCCUUGUAAGAAUGGAAUGAUUAUGACAGAAGAUGGAUGUAUGGAGGAAAUUUAAUUUUUUGAAAAUUGUAUUUGAAGUUAAAUGUUGUUUAUAAAACUCUCUUAAUUCGUGG